AUAUUUUUCCCGAUCGUCUUUCUCUCUCACAUUUCUGCUUAGCGGUAACGGUGGAUAGAACAUUAAACAGAGUGCAAUGAGAGGGAGAGUGUUGAGAGCUGGGGAAAUGCCCUAAUUUAUCUCUCUCUCUCAAUACUCCCUUACUCAAUCAUAAGAUUUUCUCUCUCAUCAAAUGUAUGCUACUUCUCCGUUCAUUUCCUACAUUUUCUCUCCCAUUUGAUACGUACUGCUCUCUCUCGUCCUCUUUGGGGGCGACUGUUAAUGGCUCUCUAAUGGGGUGGGGGUGGAAAAUCUAUGAAGGAAGCCUGGUAUUUGUCUCUCUAUCUCUGUUAGGAUGGGCAGGUCUCUGGUUCUUGAAUCGCAGGCUUUACAAGGAAUACGAGGAGAAGAGGGCUCUGGUUCAGAUCCUCUUCAGCGUUGUCUUUGCCUUCUCCUGCAACCUCCUUCAGCUUGUGCUCUUUGAAAUCAUCCCUGUUCUCUCCAAAGAGGCAAGAUGGCUUAACUGGAAAAUUGAUUUGUUCUGUUUAAUAUUCUUGCUGGUCUUUUUACUGCCAUACUAUCAUUGCUAUUUGCUGCUUCUCAACAAUGGAGUUGGAAAAGAACGAGCUGCCCUGGGAGCUAUUUUAUUCUUGCUGGCAUUUCUUUAUGCAUUUUGGCGAAUGGGUAUUCACUUUCCAAUGCCUUCCCCAGAUAAAGGUUUUUUCACAAUGCCGCAAUUGGUCAGCAGAAUUGGAGUGAUAGGUGUCACUGUCAUGGCUGUGCUAUCUGGCUUUGGAGCUGUUAAUCUACCAUAUAGCUAUUUAUCUCUCUUCAUCAGGGAGAUUGAGGAAGCUGAUAUCAAGGCUUUGGAAAGGCAGUUGAUGCAAUCCAUAGAAACCUGUAUCACAAAGAAGAAGAGGAUUAUCCUUUCACGAAUGGAGAUGGAACGUAUACAAGGUUCACAAGAGAAGUUAAAGGCAAGGUCAUUCCUAAAACGUUUGGUUGGGACAGUUGUCCGCUCAGUUCAGGAUGAUCAGAAGGAGCAGGAUAUAAAAAGCAUGGAAGCGGAAGUGCAAGCUUUGGAAGAGCUCUCAAAGCAGCUAUUUUUAGAAAUUUAUGAAAUGCGUCAAGCAAAGGAGGCUGCUGCUUUUUCUCGAACAUGGAAGGGGCACUUGCAAAAUUUUCUAGGCUAUGCUUGCUCAGUGUAUUGUGUGUAUAAAAUGUUUAAGUCUAUACAGAGUGUUGUAUUCCGAGAGGCUGGCUCAGUUGACCCAGUGACAAUGACAAUUAGCAUAUUCCUGCAGUUUUUCGAUAUUGGCAUUGAUGCCACGUUAUUAUCUCAGUAUAUAUCCUUGAUAUUCAUUGGCGUGCUUAUUGUGAUAUCUGUGCGAGGCUUCCUCACCAAUCUCAUGAAGUUCUUUUUUGCAGUCUCAAGAGUGGGAAGCGAAUCAUCCACAAAUGUUGUUCUCUUCUUGUCAGAGAUCAUGGGCAUGUAUUUUGUCUCAUCAAUCCUUCUGAUAAGGAAAAGUUUAGCUAACGAAUACAGGUUGACCAUAACAGAUGUGUUGGGUGGUGACAUUCAGUUUGAUUUUUAUCACCGUUGGUUUGAUAUAAUAUUUGUUGCCAGUGCUUUCCUCUCUCUAAUAUUGCUCUCUGCACAUUAUACCUCUCGUCAGGCUGAUAAACACCCCAUUGAUUGAUUUUUUUUAAUUUUUGCACUUUCACAGUUGUAUCAAUUUUUUCCUUUUCUUUUUUGGAAAAUUUAUCAAAACAACCAUAAGAUAUGAAUUAUUCAACAUUUUACACAUC